CGGCAGCCGCGCUGCCUAUUCGCCGCCGCACUUUCCAGGUGCCGCGGCCGGAGGGGCGCUGGCUGGUCGCGGCCUCACUGCGUUCCCUUUCGGGCCGCCGCUGAGGGUCAUCACCGGUCGGCGGCGCCUCGUGUGCUCGGGUCGGCCGCUGGGUUAGUGCCUCCCUCAGCGCGGAGGCGAAUCUGCCGCGCUCGUCCAGCCGCUAGCGCAGUUUGGGCGGUUGUCAGGGAGAAACAAGAUGGCGGCCGCAGCGACGGAGGAGGACACAGAGCUGCGGGACCUGCUGGUGCAGACGCUGGAGAGCAGCGGGGUGCUCAAUAAAAUUAAGGCAGAGCUGCGAGCAGCUGUUUUUUUGGCACUAGAAGAACAAGAGAAAGUAGAGAACAAAACACCUCUAGUGAAUGAAAGCUUGAAAAAUUUUUUGAGUACAAAGGAUGGUCGCUUGGUAGCUGGUCUUGUUGCAGAAUUUCUACAGUUUUUCAAUCUUGAUUUUACACUGGCUGUUUUUCAGCCUGAAUCAAGCACACUAAACGGCCUUGAUGGUCGAGAAAACUUAGCUCGAGAUUUGGGAAUUAUAGAAGCAGAAGGUACUGUGGGUGGUCCCCUAUUGUUGGAGGUUGUUAGAAAAUGUCAGCAGAAAAAGAUUUCAGGCACUGGAGAAGUGGCUCCAAUUCUAAGUGACAGUGUGUGCUCUUCAUCAAAAUCAUCUGAUGGAAGAUCAAAUACACACCCUGUACCAAGUAAGGUUGCUGAAACCACUCAAAGUGACACAAGUGUCUCGUCGGGGGAAGCAACCAAAAGUAGCAUUCAUUUUCUGCCUAAUGAGACAAAGUUAGAUCCUCAACUACAAAACACAGACUUAAAUACCAAAGAAAAAAGUGAUCCACGUGUGGAUGAGGAUGAUGCAGAGGGAGAUUCUUUUUUUGAUGAUCCCAUACCCAAACCAGAAAGAACUUACGGCUGGAAAACUGAAUCCAAUAAAACAGGAGGUUUAGCAUCUCUUUCUGAUGCACCACCUUUAAAAAGUGGGUUAAGCUCCCUGACUAGCGCACCUUUGCUAAAGGAACCUGAUGAUUUGAGUAGAAACUCUGUCUUGAAAGACCUGCGGUUAGUGAAUGCAAAACUCGGAUCUCUAGAAUUAGGAAAUGGAGAUGAAGACGAGUAUGCUGAUGACUUCAACAGUACUAGUCAUCGCUCAGAAAAAAGUGAUAUCAGCAUUGGUGAAGAAAUAGAUGAAAUUUCUGUGGAAACAGAAGACUUGAAUGCCAGUGAUAAACUUGAAGACAUCACACAAGACCUUACCAUUUCUCAGUUAAGUGAUGUUGCAGAUUAUCUAGAAGAUGUGGCAUAGAGUUGGACAGCAAAAAUGUUUCAUUGUGUUGGAUUGGAAGACUCUUGUGGACUGUUAAUUUCAGACAAUCAUUUUUUGCUGGAAUGUCCACUCCCUAUUUGUGCCUUGUGUUUCAAAAAGACUGUUGGUGGAGAGGGCUUUCAAAUAUUCUUCACAAGAACUAAAUGAAACAGUGCGUUCCCAUUUGAGUCUAAUAUCAGAAUUAUUUUUUUUCAUUUGAUUGAGCCAAACUUUUCACACCAGGAGUUGGAUUUUCCCAGCAGAAUGUCCAUUGCUGGCAGUGGGCAUAAUAAUCCAGUCUAUAAGAGAACAUCUACACAGAAGGAUGUGGUUUUAUAAUGAACUUACACUGUUAUUGUAACAGUCUGCAUUUUUUUUAAGAUAACCAAAGCAAGAACCUUCAGAGGUAGUGCUUCGACUUACACUUCUGUUAACUCAAUUUUCUCAAGGCAGCAUGAAUUACAUAAUUUAUGGUAAAUCUAGCCAGAGUACUUAUUUGCUCCAGACUUACUUGAAACUGCUGUUUUUCAGAAUUUUCUGAAAGUCAGACUUUUUUAAAAAAAAGGCAUAUCAAGUUGAGAGCAUCUAAACUCACAAAUCUGUUCAGAGGAGCUGGAUUUCAUGUUAGUCUUAACUCUGAAUAUUCUUGUUUAAAUAUGUUUCAGACCAUUGAUUUUGAGACCUAAGCUGUUUUUAUGUGUGAUAAUUUCAUCAAUGUUAACAGUUGUUAAAUUGUAAGAAGUAGUUCUGUAUGGAUCCACAAAUUAUUAAUGCACAACAUUAAAAACAGGACAAAAACCCAAGAAGAUUUAGUUAAUGAUUUGUGGAGGUUUUAUUGUUGAGGGCUCUUCAUUUGCUGUAGGCUCACUUUCAUUCUUUAAAAUCCUUGUUAUGUAAAAAUGAGCGCCAAAAAGUGUGAAACCACUAACCUUCUGUUUUUCAGACUCUGACUACUGUACAGAUUUAAAUCCAAAUAUUUAAAAAUACCAUACCGAAGACAUUAUGCACACUAAGUUCUAGCUAAAAGCAAAUUUUUCUAUUUUCAUUAUGCUCUUGAAAAACAGGGUCAGUAAUGGAAACACUGACAGUUCCUUAACGAUACUGUUGUGCAUGGCGCUGCUAUAGUAUAUAGGUCACGGACAUUUGUGAUACUGAAACAAGACUUCAAAAUGAGCACUUUCUGAACGUUGUGAACACAUUUGUUGGAAAAUAUACGUGUAAGUGAAUAUAAAUGACUUAAUCACUUUUUUAGGCUUUGUAGUUUUGUUUCAGGAAAACUGUUAGCCUCUCAUCAAUGUCCAUCUCAGAAGUAGCAUGCUAAACUAAAGCCAUUGGUUAAGCAUAUAGAAGAGCUGCUACUAGCAUUGGAUGCAGGCUUAGAUCUUUUUUGCACUGGGCCAGCAGGCAUGGAGCAGUGCUGGAAAGUUAUGCUUCUACAGUACAUAGAUCAUUUGAAAGAAGAGAGGAAAUGUGUGCCUUUUAUUUAUGUGCACCCCAAAAUAGCCAGCAAAAAGCAACAAAGUAUUAGUCAUGGUGUUAACUUCUUACUUUGUGCCAUAUUGUAGCAGCCGAACACAGAGGAGAGACUUUUUUUUUUCACCCCAGAAAUCUAUGUGCCAUAUACUUCAAAUAGCAAAAAUCUUGUAACAUGUGAUACACCUUGUGUAUAAAUUCCUUUAAGUGUAGGAGAAUCUGUGCCUCGAGGUAACAUGUGCAAGUUUGUUUUGUUUUUGAUUUUUAAGGCGAGCAACAACAUGUCUGAAGGACAUUAGCUUCCACUUGAGCAUUUGAGAACAAUUGCAUUUAUGACAUUACAUUUCUAAGGUGGAUGAAAUAACAUAGAGAGCCCUGUCUGCAUUUUACAUGUCACUGGGAAAACAUGAUGUUCCAUUACAUAGCUGUAUGAUUUAUGGCAGUUUAUUAUACCAAAAGAAGAUAACUUUAUUAAAUGAUACCUAAUUGCAUUUGAAGAUGUGGCCUUUUAAAUAACUGAUUAGAUAUUUUAAGUGUUAACAUGACUUUUGUUAACAGCAAAGUGUUGUUCUCUUACCUUGUGGGGGUUAAUUGGAGACCUUGCACUUAGGCUCUGAUUUAAGCAAACACCAAAAAAAUUUGUAAGUCUCCAUACUGUUUAUCCUGUGGGCUUUUACUCAAUUGUGUAUAAUAGUUCAAAUUGCAAAAUAAAGCUACUCUGCUGGCUAAA